UACCAGCCGUCUUGAUGAUCUUGGGCAGUAUUUCCCAUAUCUCAUUAUCUUUAUAUUUGUCCCAGCUUUUUCAUAGAUCCGUUUAAAGUGUUUGCUUCGUAGGAACUUGCACCAGUGUUGUUCUCAUAUAUGUUAAUUUUCCUUUGAUUCAGUUCUGCUGACGCAGAAUGUAAGUGUAAUUUACAGGUGCUGAGCUGUUGCGCAGCUGUUGGAACGCAAGCGGUGUAAACCUUGACCACGAGCAAGGAACUUGCGGCCACUGUGGCAAAAUCUUUUUCAUGUCAGAGACCAAGCACGCUUGCAGUCGUUUAUGUCAUCCCUUCUUCUCCAGACAGAAGAUACCCAAAAAUCCCCGUCAAAGAUCUUUUUAUCUUGCUGAUAGUGCCACUAGCUGCUCAAAAUGUCUAUCAAUGUCAACCGCAAUGUGUCGGACCAAUUCUACCGCUACAAGAUGCCCCGUCUGAUUGCUAAGGUGGAAGGCAAAGGGAACGGAAUUAAGACAGUCAUUGUCAACAUGGUUGAUGUUGCAAAGGCACUGAAUCGGCCCCCAACAUAUCCAACCAAAUUUUUUGGUUGUGAAUUGGGGGCACAGACUCAGUUUGACACAAAGAAUGACCGCUACAUAGUGAAUGGUUCCCAUGAGGCCAACAAACUACAGGAUAUGCUGGAUGGAUUCAUCCGCAAGUUUGUGCUGUGUCCUGAAUGUGAGAAUCCUGAGACUGACCUGCAUGUUAAUCCAAAGAAACAGACUAUUGGAAACUCUUGUAAAGCCUGUGGUUACAGGGGCAUGCUAGACACUCGCCACAAACUUUGCACUUUCAUCCUUAAAAAUCCACCAGAGAGUGACAAUGGUUCUGUAAAAAAAGAGAAGGAGAAAAAGAACCGAAAGAAGGGCAAGGAGAAUGGCUCAGGCAAUGGUGAUGCUGGGAGCCGCAAUGACAUUGAUGCGCCGGAUGUUGUGGAUGGUGACGAUGAUGAUGAGGACUGGGCAGAGGAGACGACUGAGGAAGCUCAGCGCCGACGGAUGGAGGAGAUCAGUGACCAUGCUAAGAACCUGACCCUCACUGAGGACCUGGAGAAGACCCUGGAGGAGAGAGUUAACAUGUUCUAUAACUUUGUUAAGCAAAAGAGAGAGAGUGGAGCAAUAGACUCUGCAGACAAGGAGAUUCUGGCCGAGGCAGAGCGUCUGGAUGUGAGGGCCAUGGGGCCACUCAUCCUUAGUGAACUGCUCUUCAAUGAAAACAUCCGGGACCAAAUAAAAAAAUACAAGCGGCAUUUUCUUCGGUUCUGCUGUAAUGACAAGAAGGCUCAGAAGUAUCUGCUGGGUGGCUUUGAGUGUGUGGUGAAGCUGCACCAGGCUCAACUGCUGCCCAGAGUUCCGAUCAUACUCAAGGACCUGUAUGACGCUGACCUGUUGGAGGAGGACAUCAUCCUCACUUGGGCAGAGAAGGUGUCAAAGAAGUACGUCUCUAAGGAACUUGCCAAGGAGAUUCAUGCCAAGGCAGCUCCUUUUGUCAAAUGGCUGAAGGAGGCAGAGGAGGAGAGUGAGGGAAGUGGAGAGGAAGAAGAGGAAGAUGAUGAGAAUGUAAAGGUCGUGUAUUCCUCCUCUGCCCGUGAGCUGAAAGUGGAGACUGUUCAGCCAGAGAAAACUGAGGAGGAGGAUGACCUUGACAUUGAUGCCAUUUAGAAGAAAAUUAAAACACAAAUUCAAAUCAUUAGAGGCCAAUUAAUAACUUAAUUCAGCUGCUCUUUAGUGAUGAUGAAAUGGGUUGCACUGGCCUCCUGUUCAGCCCUUUUUUUUUUUUUUUUUUCUCUCUUCUGCAUCUUCCCUUUCCAAUAUUUUAUCCCUGCUGCUGUGGAGGCAUGGUUUUAACAUGGCGCUUUUAUUGUCUUGCUGCUGAACCAUUAUGCAUUAUGUUUAAGAUGUCUACUGAAAAAUUCAUAUUGUUCGACUACUUCAUUUCUUGGAUUUAUGUAAACUGCGGUUUUGUGAUUAUUUUAACCUUUUUGUCAUUAAAUAAAUGCUUUGAUUUUCA